AUGACUGAACAAACCAUCAUCUUGAUAACCGGCGCCAACUCUGGUGUCGGCUACGCAACAACUCAGGUCCUCGCUAGCUACCCAAACAACCACAUCAUCAUGGGCUGUCGAGACCUAGCAAAAGGUCAAUACGCCCUAACCGAGAUUCAAAACACCGACCCAAAAGGAACCAUCUCGCUCCUACAGCUUGACGUCGAAGACGACACCUCAAUUUCCAAAGCAAUCGACACCGUAACCCAGCAAUUCAACCGACUAGACGUGCUGGUAAGCAACGCCGGCACAGCAGCACCAGGUACCAGCGGUCGCGCCCAGCUAAGCCAGAUCUUCUCGAUCAACGUCUUCGGCGCAAUGCUUGUCUCCGAAGCCUUCAUCCCGCUUCUCCUUAAAUCACACCGGCCCUAUCUCAUCCAGGUCUCCAGCGGGCUAGGGUCUGUGACUCAGGCGUGCGAUCCACAGAGCCCGUAUUAUCCUGCAGCCUGGGACGAGUACCGCAUGAGCAAGGCGGCGCUCAACAUGAUGACUAUCCAGAUGCAUAAACGAUUGCAGGAGCGUAAUGUGCGGGUUUUCGCAUUUUGUCCUGGUCUGGUGAGGUCUAGUUUGAGGGGUGAGAGCGAAGAAGCUGUUAGUGCGGGGGGACAAGCUGGUGAUCCAUUGGAAUCUGGUAGAGGGAUCCUAGGUAUUGUCCUUGGUGAGCGAGAUGGAGAGGCUGGUGGGUUCAUUAAUAAGGACGGUCGGUUGGCGUGGUGA